GGGAUCACACAACCAGCAGGCAUUCUGGACACGCUCCAUGGAGAUUGGGGAGCAGAUUCUUUCGCAAGAAAAUCACAAAGACACCAUUAAUUUUUUAAGGCUCCACACGCAUAUUGGGAACGAUCAGCUCUUUUGGAGAUGAAUACAGAUCAGAUUUCUUGCAGAUGACGGCAUUAGAUUUUCUAGAAGGUGCUGAUGGUGUACACGUUCUGGGAAAAGUGAAAGAUUUCCUAGGAGUCAUAUCAGAAGCUAAUAAAAAGCUGGAGCUUGAUGCAAAGGACGAUUCCGGUAAGGACUAUGAUAUUGAGGUGCUCACGGGGAAUGAAUCUGAAUACAUUGAAAUGGAUUUGAUGCUGGGUAUUGCUGAUCUGCAGACUCCUGAGGCUGUGGCAGCAGCUGAAUCUUCUAUUGCAGGUUUUCAACCAGUGGCUCCUCUAGCUGGUUGCAGUAGUGGAACAGAAUCUGAAGAUAGCUCUGAUUAUGAUGAUAGUGAUAAUGACGAUGAUGAGGACAGCGAUGGUGAUAAAAAUGAUGACAAAAAUAAUAAUAAAGCAUGCUCUGUUGUGAAACAUAAAAGAUCAAAGUCUGCUCAUGGGGAUUCUUCCAUGGAAGUGCCCCAAAAAAAUGGGGGUUCAAAAAAGCGGCCAAAGAUUGUUGAGCUCUCGUGAGAAUCUUAAUUAGAAGGACAGUGAAAUCUACUCAUGGGGAUUGUUUUCUAGAAAUGAGAGGGAAACCAUUAGGAUUAUAAGGGUUGCAGCAAGUAUGAAAGACCUUUCUCUGCAGGAAGGAGGGAGCUUUCUGAAUGUCUGAUGAGGCUGUAAUUUAUGCAGCAGUGGGAUUUUUGCUUCUUCAUUAUUGUCUAUCAGGGCAUAUGCCAUACCGGACAGCCAAUGGAGAAAACAGUCCUAUGAGUACCCUUCAAAUUUUGAAUGUCGUGGAAGCUUUGUGAUGUUUUUAUUCUCCCAAAUCUGUUGUCGUCAUUAAAUUUUCUACAUUUCAGUUUGGUAAUUAAAUUUUCCAUUCCAUUAUAUUCCCAA